ACCUGUACUGGAUAUUUUUGUAACUGCUAUUAUUAAAACCUUUGUAUUGGUGUUUAUGCGUGUAAUCCACCUCUCUGCACGCAGCUUAAUGGCUUAAUUUAUUCCCCUUCAUUCAAUUUGUGCAGUUCUCAGUGUUCUGACCUCUUUCCACGAAAUCAGCCUAUAAGAAACCACCUUCUUGAUCAACUGGGUAUUUUCAGGUUUCGAGAUUGCCAGUUGGGUUUGAUUCGGUUUUUCAUCUCAGCAACACCGAGAUUUUAAAAUAGGGAAAAAAAAAACAAACUAUAAAAGUAGUGGAGAAGAAGACGAGAGUAUGCAGAGGUGAAGCCUGAAUCUGUAGCAGCGUAGCAGAGGUGUUCCUAUUUGCUUUUUGUGACAGAGGAAGGCAUUAUGGUGAAGGAUUCCAAUGGAUCUCCAAAGCCUCAGCUUGUGGCUGAAUCCAAGAAGAAAAGAAUAACUUGGAUCACUGGAGUCACGGUACUCUGUUUUGUGUUCUACCUGUUGGGUGCCUGGCAGAACACAACAAUCCCAUCAACAGACCUAGCCAACGCCAAAUUGAGUCUCUGCAAUUCUGCUUCUCCACAUGUCUCGUCAUCGUCACCAUCAUCAUUAUCUUCUUCUUCUGUUUCUCUGGACUUUGAAGCUCACCAUGCAUCGGGGAACAAUGAGAGUCAUACUGAGAAAACUCAAACAUUUGAGCCGUGUGACAUGAAGUAUAGCGAGUACACGCCCUGCCAAGAUCCAUUGAGAUCUCAGAAGUAUGAUAGGGAUAGACUUAUAUAUAGAGAACGGCACUGCCCAGCCAAGAGUGAGGUCCUGAAGUGCCUGGUUCCUGCUCCUUCUGGGUAUAAGAAUCCCUUUUCAUGGCCCAGGAGCAGAGAUUACGCUUGGUUUGCCAAUGUGCCUCACAGAGAACUUACAAUAGAGAAGGCUGUACAGAACUGGAUCCAGGUUGAGGGUGACAAAUUCCGGUUUCCAGGUGGUGGAACCAUGUUUGCUCGUGGUGCGGAUGCUUAUAUUGAUGACAUCAAUAAGUUGAUUCCUUUGACAGAUGGGUCUAUCAGGACUGCUAUUGACACUGGAUGUGGAGUUGCUAGUUGGGGUGCCUACCUGCUAAAGAGGAACAUUUUAACAAUGUCCUUUGCACCGAGGGAUACACAUGAAGCACAAGUGCAGUUUGCUCUGGAACGUGGUGUUCCAGCUAUGAUUGGGGUCAUGGCUUCUGAGAGGAUACCAUAUCCAUCAAGAUCAUUUGAUAUGGCUCACUGUUCCCGUUGCCUUAUUCCAUGGAAAGACUACGAUGGCAUCUAUUUAUUGGAAGUGGACAGGGUAUUGAGGCCUGGUGGCUAUUGGAUUUUAUCUGGUCCUCCAAUAAAUUGGCAAAAAUAUCACAAGGGUUGGGAAAGAACUCCAGAGGACUUGAAAGCAGAGCAAGAUGCAAUUGAAGAUAUUGCAAAACGUCUAUGUUGGAAGAAAAUUGUUCAAAAGGGUGACCUUGCCAUAUGGCAGAAGCGCACAAAUCAUAUUAAAUGUGUUAAAAGCAGACGCGUUAUCAAGACUCCUCAUAUGUGUAAAGAUGACAACCCUGAUGCUGCUUGGUAUAAGAAGAUGGAAACUUGCAUAACACCACUUCCAGAGGUCAGUGAUGUAAACGACAUUGCAGGGGGGGGCUUAGAAAAAUGGCCAAAACGUCUAACAGCUGUCCCUCCUAGAAUAAGCAGUGGCAGUCUCCCUGGAAUUACAGCUGAAAAGUUCAAUGAAGAUACCAAACUGUGGAAUGAGAGAGUUUCAUACUACAAAAGGCUUAAUGGCCGUCUGGCCCAAGGAGGAUACAGAAACAUCAUGGACAUGAACGCUGAUUUGGGAGGCUUUGCUGCUGCCUUGGCAGAUGAUUCCUCAUGGGUCAUGAAUGUGGUGCCAUCAGAUGCAAAACAAAACACUCUUGGUGUCAUCUACGAGCGUGGACUGAUUGGUACUUAUCACAACUGGUGUGAGGCAUUUUCAACAUAUCCCAGAACUUAUGACAUGAUUCACAGCAGUGGUGUCUUCAGCAUGUACCAAGACAGGUGUGACAUAACUGACAUUUUACUUGAAAUGGAUCGGAUCUUGCGGCCGGAAGGAACUGUGAUCUUUAGAGAUGCGGUGGAUGUUCUGGUGAAAGUAAAAACCUUAACAGAUGGCAUGAGAUGGCAAAGUCAGAUAAUGGAUCACGAGACUGGUCCCUUCAAUCAAGAGAAAAUCUUGAUUGCUGUUAAGGAUUAUUGGACAGUGAAAUCAGAGGGAAGCUCUUAAAUUCUAAUGGCGGCUAACAGCCCAGCAAUUAUUUCUAUUGGAUUUGUCGGUGGGUGAUGGAAUGUGAGAAAUCACGAGCAUUCAUCUCAACUCUCAGAUUUUGUAUCUGCCAGCUUUAUUUUCUAUUUUAGGAUAGGUGUCAGUGUUGUCAUUCUUUGGAACAUUGUAACAUAAAGAUUUGGAGUUUCCUAGGUACUCUAUUUUGGUUUUCAAGAGUCCAGCCUAAUUUCUUUUUAAAAUGAGAAUUUCGAUAUUAAUUAAUUAACUUUUUGAUUUUUUUUUAAAUUUUCAAUAAUAUUUGAUUUUUUAUAAUAA